AUGGCUUUUUACGCUCUUCUCCAUGAGCUUGACGUUCACUAUGAAUUUCACGACGCUGUAGGUCUUCGCGCUCCCAAAGAAACUCUCCCACACGUCUAUCGUGGAACGCUGGGCUUUUUGCAUGUGAUUCCCCUAUAUCCCGCAGAUGGCGAGACUGACCAAGCACUCUAUAGCAUGUUAAUUAUCCUCGCCGUCAUAUCGACCGUGAGCUGGUUCAUUCGCUACCGAUUCCUGAACAUGUACAGUCGCCUACCCCCGGAACCCCCUCGCAAAGAAGCCCAGGUCGAUCUCUUCCCCGAUAUCCAAGAAGGCGACUCCAAACCAGGGUUAGCCAACUACCUCGACGAAUUCCUCAGCGCGAUUAAAGUGUUCGGCUAUCUAGAACGACCAGUAUUCCAUGAGUUGACCCGGACCAUGCAGACGAGGAAGCUGAUUGCUGGGGAAACAUUGAUGUUAGAGGAGGAAAAAGGGUUUUGUCUGGUGGUCGAUGGCCUGGUUCAAAUAUUUGUGAAAUCCACUCGAGAGGGCAAGUUGACGGAAGAGACUUUGCACAUGGAAGAUGGGACAUCGGACGAAGAAGAGCAUAGUAUGCACGGUCGCCAGGGAUAUCAACUGCUGACCGAAGUAAAGAAUGGCGCGUCUAUGUCAUCUCUCUUUUCAAUCCUGCAGUUGUUCACAGAAGAUAUUAAAUUGCGCAAUACUCGAAGCCAUAGCUCAAGUGCGUCCAGCGUUGGCGGUUCUCAUACGCCGCGAGCUCCCGAUUCUAUUCCUGUGAGCCCAGGCGUGGAUAUGAUGGGUAGUCCUCGCGCUCAUGCGGAAGAUCCUUCUGACCCGACCCACGGUCUCAAUGAGAAUAGCGAGACAUUACUGCCGGUCCCUCCCCUGCAAUUAGGAGAGAGUCAAUCUUCCUUUAGAGGGGGAUCUUCACAGCCGCCUUUUACGCGAUCACCUCUCAAGCGACGGAAAUCGGUGCAUCCUGAUAUUGUUGCUCGAGCCACUGUGGAUACAACGAUUGCUAUCAUCCCCGCCAGUGCAUUCCGUCGUUUAACUCGAGUAUACCCAAGGGCGACCGCCCAUAUUGUGCAAGUGAUUCUCACUCGUCUCCAGCGAGUGACGUUCGCUACUGCACACUCCUACCUCGGUCUGACGACAGAUGUGCUAGGAAUUGAACGACAAAUGUCCAAAUAUACAAAUUGGGAUUUGCCGAAUGACCUCCGCGGCAGCGCAUUGGACCGACUGAAGAACAAGUUCAUGCAAGAGAGAGACCGUCUUGGACCCGAGGAAGUUGGGAAAGGUAUCGCACUGCACAAUCCUGCUGUAGGACGGAGGCGACGAUCUAGUAGUUCGCUCCGAAAGGAAGCCGUUCUGCAUACGCGGCUGAAUAGCACCAACCGACCCGUCGCACUGACUCCACAGCGAUCACCACCCCUUGACACCGGACGAGAAUCGAAUGGAGUGAGCCCAGGCGACCUGUUAUCAACAAUUCAACUCUCUAGAUUUGGACCGCGAUUCGAUAAUGCCGGCCCUCACCUUAUGAGUCCCCUGACAGAACGAGAACGGCCCCUAUUUCGAUCUGCCGCGGUUAUGGAUGGUCUCACAUCUUCCCCUUUCCAACGCAAAGAAUCUAUCGACGAGGAUACACUAUUUCGCGAAUCGAUUCUGGAUUGUAUGAUGAAGGGGAUCGGUUUGACUGAAACUACCCAGGAUUCCCUGCGUAAAGGUAGCCAUGCCUCUGGAGAAGCAUCGCCUAGAUUGCUUUCGUAUGAUUCCCGGCGACAAAAGGCCGUUUUCUCCAAUGCUUUCGGGUUCAUCGACCCCUACGAAGGUUCUGGAGAUGGCGAGACCGACUCAAUGAUGUCCAUGUCUGUUACCAGUGCUGGUGGAACCUCUCCCGUGAUUAACCUCCGUGAGGAACUUCGUCACGAUAUCGAGGUUGUUUAUUUCCCACAGGGCUCCGUUCUCGUAGAGCAAGGCGAGCGUCAUCCGGGCCUUUACUAUGUUAUAGAUGGAUUCUUAGACGUUGGCAUUCCUAUCAAUGAACGAGGAGAUGAUCUUGUUGGCUCAUCACGUCCUUCAGUAUCCCAUGCGCAAGAGGAGCUUUUUCCCAAGUUGGGGCGAACCACAACCGGAUCCUCUCGAACGUCGGGCACAACAGGUGCCAAGGAAUCACGCCGCAAGCCUCAGUCACGAAAAUCGCUAUACCUAAUUAAGCCCGGUGGUAUGCAAGGGUAUGUUGGUGCUCUUGCCUCCUACCGCUCAUACACCGACGUCGUGGCCAAGACAGAUGUUUACGUGGGUUUCCUGCCUCGCGCAUCUUUGGAGAGAAUUGCAGACCGAUACCCCAUUGCUUUGUUGACCCUGGCUAAGCGAUUGACCAAUCUCCUUCCCCGCCUGCUACUGCACAUUGAUUUUGCACUGGAGUGGGUGCAAGUAGCAGCGGGCCAAGUUAUCUAUCACCAAGGAGAUGAAAGCGAUGCCAUAUAUCUUGUGUUGAAUGGUCGUCUCAGAUCUGUUCUUGAAGGCCCCAAUGGCAAGAUGAACGUGAUAGGUGAAUAUGGUCAAGGAGAAAGUGUCGGUGAAUUGGAAGUUAUGACCGAAUCCACGCGACCAGCUACUCUUCAUGCUAUUCGAGAGACCGAACUGGCCAAGUUCCCUCGAUCCCUGUUCAAUAGCUUGGCACAAGAACACCCUGGAAUCACCAUCCAGGUCUCCAAGCUAAUUGCCCAGCGUAUGCGGGACUUGGUGGAACAUCCUUUAUUGGAGAAGGGCCUGGAGCAAGGCCAUGUUGGUGGAGUCCAGACGGCGACAUCAACCCUCAAUCUUCGCACGGUCGCUAUUCUUCCAGUGACUGCUGGUGUUCCCGUGGUUGAAUUCGGCAAUCGCUUGCUAAAUGCCUUGCACCAGAUAGGCGUGACGAGGGGCGUGACAUCCCUUAACCAAGCUGCAAUUUUGAACCAUCUAGGUCGCCAUGCGUUCAGCAAGAUGGGUAAAUUGAAACUUUCUCAGUACCUAGCAGACCUGGAAGAGAAAUACGGUCUGUUACUGUACAUUGCAGAUACAAAUGUCAACGCUCCGUGGACCCAAACUUGUAUUGCACAAGCAGAUUCCAUUUUGCUGGUCGGUGUAGCUGAAGCGUCUCCCAGGAUCGGGGAAUAUGAACGUUUCUUGCUUGGUAUGAAAACUACUGCACGGAAGGAGCUUGUGCUAUUACACUCAGAAAGGUACUGUUCGCCUGGCCUGACGCGCCAAUGGCUCAAGAACAGACUUUGGAUCAACGGAGGCCAUCACCAUAUUCAAAUGGCGUUCCGCCUAACUGCUGAACCAUCCCACCCUCAAGCAAAGAGGUUUGGGACCGUUCUUAAAAAGCGAGUGCAGACUUUGCAGGCCGAAAUCCAAAAGUACACUUCACGACGGAUCCAGCAGUCACCUGUGUAUUCACCGCAAACUCCCUUCAAGGGUGACUUUCAUCGGCUUGCCCGACGACUAUGCGGCAAAUCCGUGGGAUUAGUCCUAGGCGGUGGAGGUGCCCGGGGAAUCAGCCAAGUAGGUGUCAUCAAGGCUCUCGAGGAAGCAGGAAUUCCAAUUGAUAUUAUUGGUGGAACUUCCAUCGGAUCGUUUAUUGGAGCCCUGUAUGCCCGAGACGCCGAUGUGGUACCCAUGUAUGGUCGUGCGAAGAAAUUCUCCGGUCGGAUGGGUAGUAUGUGGCGAUUUGCUCUGGAUUUGACCUAUCCCACGGUCUCAUACACAACUGGCCACGAAUUCAAUCGUGGAAUUUUCAAGACGUUCGGCGACAGUCAGAUCGAAGAUUUCUGGCUGGAGUUCUACUGCAACACGACUAACAUCAGUAAAUCUCGGGCAGAGUACCACUCAUCCGGAUAUGUGUGGCGGUAUGUGCGAGCUUCCAUGUCACUCGCUGGAUUGAUUCCUCCCAUCUGUGACGAAGGCAGCAUGUUGCUUGAUGGCGGAUACAUCGACAAUCUCACGGUCGCGCACAUGAAAAGUUUAGGCGCAGAUGUCAUUUUCGCCGUGGAUGUUGGUUCCCUCGACGACAACACACCCCAGGGCUACGGUGACUCGUUAUCUGGAUUCUGGUCCAUGUUCAACCGCUGGAACCCCUUUUCAUCCCUUCCGAACCCACCCACACUCUCUGAAAUCCAAGCCAGAUUAGCAUAUGUCUCAUCCAUCGAUAACCUGGAACGAGCUAAGAACCUAACGGGUUGUCUCUAUAUGCGGCCACCCAUUGAUCCCUACGGUACUCUGGACUUUGGCAAGUUCGAUGAAAUCUAUCAAGUCGGGUACGCAUAUGGCAAAGAGUUCCUUGACAAGCUCAAGAACGAAGGGUCUCUCCCUAUCCCUGAGGAGACGGAGGAAAAGCGCAAACUACAGAGGACUAUGGCACCCCGACGAGCCAGUAUCUAG